UAGAGUUUCAUUGUGCCAGUUGGUAUUUUUGUGGCUGCCACCUACGGUAACACUGCGGCCAUGAUUGGAUGAUAAGGGAGCCACAAAAGCCUGGACACAAAAGCCCUGAAACAUGCUGCUUGGCAGCCGAAUCUCCAGUCGAAAUGAGCGAAUCUCUUGAUAAGACCACCAGCCCGAGCUCGGCCAGUUCCAGGGCCACGCCCCAGGGGGCGGAGGAUCCGGGUGAGGGCCACGACGUGAGCGACACCUUCUACACCAGCCAGCGCAAGAAGGGCAGCCACGUAUUUCGGGUGCGCCUGGACGCCACGGGAUUCACCCUGCAGCGGGAGUCGCCGGGCGGCAGCAUUGUCAAGGAGCAGCAUGUCCGGAUCUCAGAUAUUGUGGGUGCUCGCUGUAUGCGGCCCAAGAAGAGCCGGCGCCUGGCGAUGUCUGGCGCCUGUGCGUGCAGCUCCGGUAACCCCAAUUCGCCAGCCAUUUCGGCGUCCGGCGAUCAUCAUCGCACUGCCACCACACCAAGCAAAUGCAGCACCAAUAGCCGAGACAAUCUACCAUCGGAUGGCGGCGAUGCCAGCGCUUUCCUCUACGUGUUUGCCUAUGUUUUGAAAAAGAGGAGCCUGCGGUCGGAGCUGCACAGGGAGCGAACGGUGCUCACGCUGCGGUUCAGGUCGUUCGACACCUUCGAGGACAACAUGAGGGAGGCGGAUCGAUGGUAUAGGUCCCUCCGUUGGCAGCUGCAUCGCACGCUGGAGGAGAUCUUUGUGGCACCGACGGCGGAUGAGCGACGUCGCCGAGUGCUGGUGCUGUUGAAUCCCAAAUCCGGUUCCGGGGAUGCUCGUGAGGUCUUCAACAUGCACGUGACGCCGGUGCUGAACGAGGCCGAGGUGCCUUACGACCUGUAUGUAACCAAACAUUCCAACUUCGCCAUCGAGUUCUUGAGCACCAGGUGCCUGGACGCCUGGUGCUGCGUGGUGGCUGUCGGCGGAGACGGUCUCUUCCACGAAAUUGUCAAUGGACUGCUGCAGCGCCAAGACUGGGCCCACGUUCUGCCUCACCUCGCACUGGGAAUCAUUCCUUGCGGCUCCGGGAACGGAUUGGCCCGGUCCAUUGCCCACUGUUACAACGAACCAUACUUCAGUAAGCCAGUACUAGGAGCUGCUCUGACCGUAAUUAGUGGACGCAGUUCACCCAUGGACGUGGUCCGCGUGCAGCUGCAGAGUCGCUCCCUCUACUCCUUCCUGUCCAUCGGCUGGGGUCUCAUCUCGGACGUGGACAUCGAGAGCGAGCGCAUCCGGCUGCUGGGCUACCAGCGCUUCACCGUUUGGACCCUGUACCGUCUGGUGAAUCUGCGCACCUACAAUGGCCGGAUCAGCUAUCUCCUCACGGACCAUCAGGUAUCCGCAACCCAGAGCGCUAGCGGCUAUGCUGCCCAGCGGAGAAUGCAGAGCAGCCGGAGCUGCAACACGCACAUCGACAUGCUGAAUGGGCCGGCGUCCAUCUAUCAUUCCAGUGUCGAGUACCUGCCACAGGAGUUUGCGGACGUGAUCUCCCUGGAGACGUCCAUCAAUCAGUCGUUCCGCUCGAGGUGCGACAGCUGGUUGUCCGGGGGAUCGCGGCGCAGCUUCUACUAUUCCAUAUCGGAGAGCAUCUACCACAGUCUGGCGGAUGAGAGCGAGUUCGCUGGCCUAGCCGCCGCCGCGCUAGAGAACAGGCAGCAGAACUACGGUCCGGCGAGCGAGCUGCCGGAUCUGAACGAGCCUCUGCCCGAGGAUCAGGGUUGGCUGGUGGAGGAGGGCGAGUUCGUUAUGAUGCAUGCCGUGUAUCAGACCCAUCUGGGCAUUGACUGCCACUUUGCGCCCAAAGCCCAGCUAAACGACGGCACCAUUUACCUAAUCCUCAUACGCGCCGGCAUCAGCCGCCCGCAACUGCUGAGCUUCCUCUACAAUAUGAGCUCCGGCACCCACCUGCCGGAGGCACACAACGACCACGUGAAGGUGCUGCCAGUGCGAGCAUUCCGCCUGGAGCCACACGACAAUCACGGCAUCAUCACGGUCGACGGAGAACGCGUCGAGUUCGGGCCACUCCAAGCUGAAGUCCUGCCGGGCAUAGCCCGCGUCAUGGUGCCAAAGUAGGAGUGCAGCCCGGUCUCCCAGAGGCUGGAACUUACUGAAGACCAUCAAGCAAUCGAAAUCUCAAUUUAGGAAUCUCUGCAUUUGUAGCUAAUACUUAGGGUCCAAGGUGGCCGAUAUGAGAGAGUUGUGCAUUCUUCGUAUUUUGUGUUUUCUGUGGCUUGCUUCUGCCAACCAAUCAUGUAUUGUUAACAUUUUGAACACAAUUAUAGCUAUUUACGAAAUAUUUAACAUGUUUGUAUAUAAAACGUGUGCCAUAUGAAGUGCACGUGAAUUUAUUUGUAUCGACUGUUUAAAAUAGUGAUGCAGUCUUAUUUAUUUUAUUCUUUUUUUUUUUAAUUGUGUAACAAAAUGAAAUAUGUAUUCAAACUGUUUCAAAAUGGUUACAAAUAAAUCUUCAUGAGUUCGAAAA